AUGCGCGCCCAACCCUCCCCCAACGCCUACUCCGACUCUACCUUUGUCUCCACCCCUUUCACACCGCCCUCUAGCGCUGCAACAGCGGGAAACGCACCUCAUCUACCUCUCCCACUUCCUACCGCUUUCAACCGCUACUCUGCCAGCCAAGUGUUCCCAAAACAACACUUUACCUCCGUCUACCCGCCCUCCCCGCCGUUAUCAGAGAAAGACGCCUUCAUGCCCUCCCCCCCGCCCACCCGGCCGCUAUCCCGCGAACUCAAGACGUCUUCCCAUAUCAACCCCGACGGCCGGUUCAUCCGUAUCGUCGAAGUAUCCCCGCGGGACGGGCUGCAAAACUUGAAGGGCAAAGUCGUGCCGACAGAGGUGAAGAAGGAGCUUGUGGAGAAACUGCUUUGGGCGGGGGUGAGGUGUGUGGAAGUUGGGAGUUUUGUUCGGGGCGAUUGGGUGCCGCAGAUGGCAGAUACGCCCAAACUCCUUCCCCUUCUCCCCGCAUACACCGACCCCCCUCCUCCUGCCGACCCUUCCUCGACCUCCCUCACGCACCACAUCCCCAUCCCCCCCUCCGCCCAAUCGAUCCACUACCCCGUACUCGUACCCAACAUGAAAGGCCUCGACAACCUCCUCAACCUCCAGUCUUCCUCCCAAGCGUCCGGCGGGGGCUCACUCACAGACGAGAUAGCAGUCUUCGUCUCCGCCUCCGAGCCAUUCUCCCAAGCCAACAACCACGCUUCCAUCUCCUCCGUCCUCUCCUCCUUACCCCCUCUCAUAGCGAAAGCCAAAGAACACAACCUCCGCGUGAGGGGGUACGUAUCGUGCGUCAUCACCUGUCCCUUCUCCGGCCCGACGGAUGUGGAGCAGGUGGUCGAUGUCGCGGAGAGGUUGUUGAAUAUGGGGUGUUAUGAGGUGUCGAUGGGGGAUACGACGGGGGAGGGGGAUGUGGAGGGUUGGGGGAGGUUGUGGAAGGUCAUGAAGCGGAGAGGACUGGACAUGUCCAAAGUCGCAGCUCACUGCCACGAUACAUUCGCCCUCGCCCUCCCCUCCCUCCUCUCCCUCCUCCCCGCCGGCCUCCAAACGAUAGACGCCUCCCUCUCCGGCCUCGGCGGGUGCCCCUACUCUCCCGGCGCGACAGGCAACAUCCCGACAGAGGACGUCGUCUACGCGCUCCACAAGGCGGGGUAUGAGACGGGGAUAGAUUUGGAUAGGUUGGUGGAGGUUGGGCGAUGGUUGUGUGGGGUGUUGGGGGUGGAGGGGGAGAGUCGGGUGGGGCGGGGGAUCGCGGGGAGGAGGGAGGGGAGGGGAGGGAGGGAGAGGGAGGAGAGGGAGGGGAGGGGGGAGAGGGCGAGUGGGGAGGAGACGGAGGAUGGGAUGUGA